CGCUCCCGACUUUGUAGUAGUCAGCUCGCGGUGAACGCGCGGCUCACUCAUGCUGGGCGGCAGUGGUUGGAGGGCUGCAUGAACGGGGUUGCGCUUCUCGAAGCUCCUCUUCUCGACAAACUCAGCGUUUUUCUUCAUCUCCUCCGCAAAGAAAAAAAAAAAGAAGAAGAAGCCAAACUAACACACUAUGGAUCCUUGAGAGCAGGAAGCAGUGGCUUUAUUAAUUACUUUCAGAUAGUUUUUUUUUUUUGUGGCCGUGUGGAAGUAAUUACAGAGGCAUUUUUGGAUUUCCAAACUCCUAAGCUUUUUGAAAAGCAAGGGUUGUGGGAAUGCAGUUGGGGAGCAAAUGAAAUGCAACAUAGACCCACUUCCAAGCCAGAAACUGGGAAUGCGUUAGGUAGCCUUUAAGAAGAAGAGUGACAUUGUUAACACGGGAUACAGUUUAUGCUUUUUAAAGUUCAGAAGAACCUUUCCUAGCUUUUGUUCUGCUGUGUAUAUCCAGUAAACGAUGGCAGAACAACUUUGUUUUGAAUAAUGUUAAUAUUACUUAUGCUUUCCUGAAUAAUCUCAUCUCCUGAACCCCACUUGGCAACAAUUACCAGUUUCAGCUGUAGAGAAGAUCUUGUGAUGCUGAGAACCAUGACAGGGACUUACAGCUCCACCAUGAAGACUUUGGAAGAUCUGACCCUGGACUCUGGGUAUGGAGCAGGUGAUUCUUGCAAGUCUCUGAGUCUGUCAUCAUCUAAAUCUAAUUCCCAGGCCUUUAUGAGUGCUAGCCAUCGUGGUAACUGGUGGUAUUAUUCUGGCUCAAUGAAUAGCAGAAACAAUAGCUGGGAUACUGUCAACACAGUCUUGCCAGAAGAUCCAGAAGACAUCUUUUCUAAGUGCUCAAAGCUUCCAGAGUUAGAGGAGUUUCCGUGGAACGAUGAAGAGGUGGGCAGAGUCCUGUGCAAAGGAACUGGAAAAGGGCCUGUGUUUUCUCAAGAUGCUGUCCGCAGGUUGUCAAUACUCUUACGGAGAGCCCUCAUCCGCAUCUCCAGAGAGGCACAGAGACUCAGUGUCAUGCAUUCCAGAUGCACUCGUUUCGAGGUGCAAAGUGCCAUCCGCCUGGUGCUGAGCUGGGCCUUGUCCGAAAACUGUAUCUCCGCUACAGUGAAGGCCAUAUCCCUUUACAGCAUGAGCGCCGGAGAGUGGUUGCGCAAGGGCAAAUCGGAACUCUGUGGGCUAAGAUUUUCAGUUGGACGUUUUUUUCGCUGGAUGGUGGACACCCGCAUUUCAGUACGUAUCCAUGAGUAUGCAGCUAUCUGCCUGACAGCGUGCAUGGAGGGGCUGGUGGAGGAGAUUGGAGCACGUGUUCGUGGAGCACAGCAAGAAAAUCCUGACUGGAGUGGUGGUGGUGGGGGUAAUGGAAUCACAGCAGAGGCAUUGGAGGUGGUCAUCAACAACGACGCAGAACUUUGGGGGGUUCUACAAACAUAUGAGCACCUCAUCUGUGGGAAGAAUGCCAAUGGGGUACUUUCAUUACCUGCUCACUUCAGCCCUUACACAGAAGGUUCAGUGAAUCUGGACAAUCGAGAAGAUGCAUAUGCCCACCUGGAACUUCGCACUCUGGAGCAGUCUCUUUUGGCAACUUGUGUUGGCAGCAUAUCUGAAUUGAGUGACCUGGUAUCAAGGGCAAUGCAUCAUAUGCAGAGACUUAGUGCAGUUUGUCCAGGCCUUAGUCCAGUACGGCAGAGCAGGCAACAGUCCAUGUCUUGGUCUCCUGAUGCACUUCAUACUCUGUAUUACUUCCUCCGCUGUCCACAGAUGGAAUCCAUGGAAAAUCCAAACUUGGACCCUCCUAAAAUGUCUCUCAACAAGGAAAGACCGUUUCUGUUGCUGCCUCCUCUGAUGGAGUGGAUGAGGGUCGCUAUUGUUCAUGCUGAGCACCGACGCAGCCUCUUGGUGGACAGUGAUGAUGUCAGGCAGACAGCCCGGCUUUUGUUACCAGGCCUGGAUUGUGAACCCCGCCAGCUCAAGUCUGAGUGUUGUUUCAGUUCCUUCAGGAGACUAGACGCUAAAGCAGCUAGUGACAAGUUCCAGCAGGAUCUGGGCUUUCGAAUGCUUAACUGUGGAAGGACUGACCUCAUAAACCAGGCCAUUGAAUUGCUGGGUACCGAUGGAGUUAACACAAUGGAUGACCAGGGUAUGACUCCUCUGAUGUAUGCCUGCUCAGCAGGAGAUGAAGCCUUAGUACAGAUGUUGAUUGAUGCUGGAGCAAACCUUGAUAUUGCAGUUCCAGGUUUUUCACAGAAAUACCCAUCUGUUCAUCCAGAUUGUCGUCACUGGGUGGCUUUGACAUUUGCAGUUCUCCAUGGGCACAUUUCUGUGAUUCAGCUCCUUUUAGACGCUGGUGCCAAUGUGGAGGGAUCAGCUAUUAGCAAUGGGGAGGACAGAUAUGCAGAGACUCCUUUGCAGCUGGCAUCUGCAGCAGGUAACUAUGAAGUGGUGAAUCUUCUCCUAUCUCGAGGGGCUGACCCUUUGCUGAAAAUACAUGAUGGCAAUGGCCUAACAUCAUCUCUUUAUGAAGACAUGAACUGUUUCAGUCAUGCCGCAGCCCAUGGACACAGGAAUGUGCUGAGGAAAUUGUUAAGCCAGCCUCAGCAAUUGAAAGGAGAUGUUUUAUCCCUGGAGGAAAUUCUGGCUGAAGGAGUGGAAGCCGAGCAGCUGGUCUGCCGGCCUGUUAGCCCCAGUGAAGGCCAGCUGAAGCUGUGCAAAGCCCGCAUGAAGGCCCUGCAAGAAGCCACUUACUACAGUGCAGAACAUGGCUAUCUAGACGUCAGUAUGGAGCUUCGAGCUUUAGGGGUACCCUGGAAGCUGCAUGUGUGGAUCGAGUCACUAAGGACGUCUCAUCAGCAGUCACAGACCUCUGUUACACUCAGUCUUCUGCGCGAGUUUGACACCAUAAAGGAAGAAGAUUACUGUGAAGAGCUGAUCAGUGAAGGCCUUCCCCUCAUGUUCAACAUAAUGAGAAGUAGCAAGCAGAAUGACGAAAUUAACAAGCUGUUGGCCUCCAUCUUUUGCCAUUGUUAUGGCAAUAGUCCUCUACCCACAAUUCCUGAAAUCAAGAAGACACUCCCAGCACAGCUAGAUCCUCAUUUUCUGAACAACCCAGAAAUGUCAGACAUCACCUUCAUAAUAGAGGGAAAACCUUUCUAUGGUCACAAAGUGCUUUUGAUCACAGCUUCUAACAGGUUCAAAUCCCUGAUAAACCACAGCGAAACUGAUGAGAAUCAGGCCGGACGGUGCAUCCAAAUCAGUGAAAUUUCAUACAAGACAUUUCAGCUGAUGAUGACUUACCUGUACUGUGGAGCAGUUCAGUCCAUAACAAUGCCAGUGUCCAGUCUCCUCGAGCUCCUGUCAGCCGCAAGUCUCUUUCAACUGGAGAUGCUCCAGAGGCACUGCGAAAUACUCUGCGCUCAGAAUAUCAACCUGGAAAAUGCUGUCAAUGUUUAUCGGAGUGCCAAGAUGCACAACGCUGCUGAGCUGGCUUCAUUUUGUGAAGGCUACUUCUUACAGAACAUGCCAAGUCUGCUGGAACAAGAGAUCUUCAAGACCCUCCUGUUUGGGAGGAACAGCAGAGUGCAGGGCUUAGAGGCCAUAGAAGACCUCGAGAGGACGCUGGCAAAGAGGAUGCAUUCCAUCUACGUCACCUCCAGGGUGUAAGCAGUGGGUGAAGCAGCAAGGGAGUGUCUGAUGACAUGAACAUGAGCAGGAGGUGCCCUGAAGAAGUGCCUUAGUUCAGCUUGUGCCGGGUUCAAAACA